AAGCAAACAAUCGAGUCUCCCAGAAUCUCCCUUUAAUUUUAUUCAAAAUCUUUUUUACCGUAACUGUUUACUUUCAGUUUAUGUCUGGCGGAUUCCGCGAAAUGUGAAAUUGUGAACGCGUUCGUCGAGUUCGAAAUAUGAUUUUUUUUCGAGCGCGAAGUGACCAAAACUGAUAUUCGCGAGUGUUUGUGGUGGAUUAUUAUUCAGCUUGCAAUUUAUUGAGUAUAGGAAACAGUAAAAGCUGUUCAGUCAGCCACUGAGGCGUUGACAAGGAGCAUGGUGCAAUGCGAAGCGUACUUCGGCUGUACGCCGUCUUAAAGACACUUUUCGCUGCACUACUUCUGUUUGUGCUGAAAUUCGAGCUUAUGCAUACGGCAUCACUAUGCCCGCAAGAUACCAUCAUACAACCUUGCAAAUGUUCCGAGCGGUCGAAUGAAGUGCAAAUAUGGUGCAGCUAUGGUGACUUGAAUUCGAUAUCUAAUGCUUUAAGAUCCAUAAGCCAAUUCGUCUCCAAAGAAAUAGACGAAUUAAUUUUGGAAAAUAACUUGUUACCUUCGUUACCUGGUCAAAUGUUCUCUUCUAUUAAAGUACUUAGAUUAAUGCUGCGUGAAAACGGAUUACAAAGAGUUUCCUCGAAUUGGUUAGCCGGACUGGAGAAUAGUUUGCAAGAAAUCUACCUCGUUGAACCCGAGCUUAAGAGUUUUCCCGACGACAGUCUUAUUACAUUACCAAAAUUAGAAGCGCUUACAUUAAGCGCUAGUUCUAUUACAAAAAUGCCUGCCAUAUUUGGUUUAUCUAGAUUAAGGUACAUACAAAUAGAAGCUUCUUCUUUGACUGACGUAUACCCGAAUAAUUUUCAAGGUUUACCGUUACUCGAACAAUUGCAUAUAACAUCAUCGCCAAAGAUUAAACGUCUAAAUGAAGACUUCAUACACGACUUGCCACGAUUAUCGAUAUUAAACUUCACGCAAUGCGGAUUAUCAUACAUACAUCCGAGAGCUUUUACUAGAUUACCAGCUCUAACGGAACUUUCAUUUACUGGGAAUAAAUUCACUGAUGCUCGAUUGGUAGGUAUGGCCGUUCGAGAUCUGCAAAAUCUAGCCACAUUGAGAUUAGAUAGAAACUCUAUAAAUCGUCUAGAAGAAGCUACUUUUGUAGAUAUUCCGUCCUUGAGGAAUGUGUAUUUGAAUGAUAACAAGAUUGGUAUAAUCUUCAGAGCAGCGUUUCAUAGAUUGCCUCGCUUAAGAUCGUUGGAUUUGAGUAACAAUGAAAUCCAUAUGAUUCAUCCGGAGAGUUUCUUACCAGCUCGAGAAAACUCUGUAGAAGAACUUUGGCUCAAUAAUAAUCAAAUCGAGCACGCUUUUACCCUACGUUUGUUGUUGGAUUCAUUGCCUAAUUUACGUCUUCUCGAUAUGAGCAACAAUUACAUGGAAGAAUUGAGUUACGGUAUAGUUCAAGGUCAUUCUCAAUUGGAAAUGUUGAUAUUGGAAAACAACAGGAUAAAGAGAAUUGGUCGAGAAUCAUUUAUUAAUUUACCAUCUCUGAGGGAAUUAAAGUUGAGGAAUAAUUCCAUUUCUUAUCAGAUCGGCACACCGUAUUGGAAUUUGCCAGCGCUGAAAGGUUUAGAUUUAUCAAUGAACAGUUUCGAGCACGUAGAUCGUUUCCUGUUGAAUGGUUUGCCCUCUUUGAGACGAUUCGACAUGAGUCAAAACUCAUUAAAAGCUGUGGAACCUGCAUCAUUCGUCGGCAAUCCAUAUUUAGAACAUAUAAACGUAUCAAAAAACGAUCUCGGUACCUUGAGUCCUUUGACAUUUGGUCAUCUACAAAGACUAUUCGACUUAGAUGUCAGCUAUAACAAUCUAUCCCAAGUCGUAUCUGGAAUACCGAAAAAUAUCGAAUACUUGUACGUAGCCGGAAAUAACAUCAUGGUGAUACCUACAUCAGUAAUGCACGAGUUUCAGUUAUCAGCUUUGAAGCUUUUGGAUUUAUCCGGUAACAAGAUCCAUAAAGUUCCCGCUACGAGUUUCAGUUCUUUGUGUACUUUGAGGACGUUGCUGUUGAAUGACAAUUCUUUACAAAUCAUCGAUCAAUCGACGUUUGAAAAUUUACCUCAGCUCAGAGUGUUGAACUUGGCACAUAAUAAAAUUCUCACUGUUAAUAAGGACGCGUUCAAGAAACUUAAACAUUUGAGUGAAUUAAAUUUAAGAAAAAAUCGUUUGGAAAUUUUCGAGCCAUCAUUACUUUCUCAAAAUUCAGAAUUGAAGAAGUUCGAUAUUAGUGGAAAUAUUUUAACGGAUGUUCCAGCCAAUGCUUUCGCUGCUAACAAAAAAAUCGAAGAAUUGAAUAUGUCAGAAAACUCACUGACAGAAUUCCCAUCAGCAAUAUCGGCAAUUCCAUCGCUACAAAUGUUGGACUUGAGCCGCAAUCAAAUGAGAACGUUACCAUCGAACGUUCUUCCAUCGUUGCCAUCCCUUCGAGAAAUUCAUCUAUCGGGCAAUAAAUUACAAUCUGUAAAUCAAGGAGUUUUUAAUAAACUUCAAAACCUGUCGAUAUUGGAUUUAGAGAAUAACGAAAUUGAGCAAAUCAGUCCACACGCUUUAAACAACUUACCUAGUUUAGUUAUGGCGAAAAUGUCGAAGAAUCGAAUAUCUUCAAUUGCCAGCUCAGCGUUUGCUGAUUUGCCAGCAUUACAAAGCGUUGAUUUGCAACAGAAUCAAUUGAUCGAUGUAGCCAACGAUGCUUUCACUGCUUGUCCGAAUUUAUUGAUGUUAAAUUUAAGUAAUAAUUUAUUAACGAGUAUGGAUAAAGCUGGACUUAAUGGCAUUAAGACUUUAGAAGCUUUGGAUUUAAGUAAUAAUAAGAUAUCGCAUUUAUCUGUCGAUAAUGUCAGAGAUCUGAGUUUUCUCGUAUUGUUAAAAAUGGAUAAUAAUAGAUUAUGUAAUAUUGAGGGUACUCCGUUCGAGAAGAUGUCUAGAUUGCGAAUGUUGAGCUUGAGGGAUAACAAGAUGACCACUCUUCCGGAAUCUACGUUUAGUAAAUUACGUUCUUCCAUUUUGUAUUUUGAUAUCGAAGGAAACCCGGUAAAAUGUUCGUGUAACAUGUUGUGGCUGCACUCUUGGUUACAACAAGACGAUCAGCAUCAUCCUGGUCCAAGAUGCUCGGAUGGUGUUUUAUUACGAGAACACAGAAUGUCGAGACAUAACUGCGAAGAUGUAACAGAAUUUGUCCCAGGAUGUGAGUCUAGUUCGCCAAUUCGUCCAACUGAAGACACUGUGCACGUUCUAGUACCCACCAUAACGGUUUCUCCUACAAACGCUUCGGCUUCAGCCGCCGCUCAAGUAGUACCUAGCACGAAACCCAACAGUUAUUUGAAACCUUUACCCGAGGAAACGGACUACUUCGACCCUAAAUUUAUCGAUUACCACGAAAAUAAUUCCAAAACGGUGCCUCAGAAUAACUCGAUCCCUCCGGCAGUGCUUUCUCAUUUCAUACCCGGAGAUACUCCUACAAUUUACGCCGGUGGAAGGAAAAAAUCGAAUGCAACUCAAUCGCCGACCAUGAACCCCAACCAAGAAACAGCGUUUACAUUUUUCGGCAUGCCUAUACCAUCGUUAAACCUGGACAAUUUUUGGAACUCUGGUAAAUCUAUGGAGAAACAGAAAAAGGACGGUAGACGCGAACAAUGGCCACUUUCUGAACCCGAAAUACAAAAGGAUGGUUUUGUUCCAAUUCUGCCUGGUGAAGGAGGAUUUGUACCUAUGAAUAUUACUACGACGCCGAAAAACCAUAGCUCUUUUAGUCAUCAUGUAUCAGGACACGCCACCAUUUCGAAAGUAUCUUUACCUACGAGUACUCAACGAGGUGACUCUAUUGAAGACGAUUCGUUCGAAAUUGAACCUCCUUCCAGGAUACAUCGGAACGUCACUCAUAGAGAUCCGUUACUGGAAACCAUUCCUAAACCAGGAUUUCUACCUGUAUCUCCAACCAACGCUACACGUAUAGAAAACCGAAGGUAUUCUACGACAGAAAUUCCGAGAACUACCUUCAUAAGCGAACCUAUAUUUUCCGGGGAGAUUCACGAUGAUUCGUUCAAUGAUCGGAUUGGGGAUGUGACAACGAAACCAUCAGACUUGAAUGACACAGUUCUUCGUGAAAAAUCAGAUAAUUUUCGACCAUCCCCGUUAUCAGAAUUUUUGGUGCCAGGAGGCCAACUAUCGCCCGAUUCACAUCAACCGACUGGGAAGUCGACUGUGAGUAAAAUACAACUAGUAUCGGGUCCUUCACCUCAACACGAAGAUGUCCACACAUCACAUUUACGAUUAGCUAAGAGUUCUUUGCAAUCAACUACGACGACUAGUACGGAUAUUAAUGUGAAUAAAAACCAAUCGAUGAGCUGGUAUUACUCUAAUUAUAAUCGAUCCAAUCUAGAACCUUACGUCGGUCGGUUACCUAUCAAGUAUUCGUCGUCACAUCAAAAUCAUAUAACGUUACCAUUAUUCUUAAUCAACGGAUUUUUAUUAUUUUUUAUAUUUUAAUACUUAUCGUUUGUAAAUAUUUUAUAUAAUUUCACAAUAAAUUCAAAAUGUUUAUGUUUGUUUAUUAAAAAGAUAA